AUGGCUUUGGGUUGCAUGUUAGCUCAGCUCGAUGAUUCAGGGAAGGAGCGAGCCAUUUAUUAUUUGAGUAAGAGGAUGCUAGAAUAUGAGUGCAGAUAUAUUAUGAUUGAGCACCUCUAUUUGGCAUUAGUUUGGGCUACCAGGAGAUUGAGACACUAUGUGACAGAGUAUUCCGUAUUAUUGGUCUCACGAUUGGAUCCACUGAGAUAUUUAUUUGAUAGGCCUGUUCUGACUGUAUUCGAUGACAAACCGAUCGACAACGAUUUCCCAGAUGAGCAGUUUGUUUCAGUGACUAGUAUUGUAGGAUGGCAAUUAUACUUUGAUGGUGCCGCCAAUCAGUCGGGGUUUGGCAUUGGUAUCCUAUUGAUAUCACCACAGGGCGAUCAUAUUCCCAGAUCAGUUCGGUUGACGUUUUCUGAUCAUCACCGUCUGACAAAUAAUAUUGUUGAGUAUGAGGCAUGCAUUAUAGGUCUAGAGAUUGCACUAGAUCUUGGAGUUAGACAGUUGGAGAUCCAUAGGGAUUCCAACUUGGGUAUUGAUAUUAUUGGGAAGAUCUCGCCCAAGUCCUCUAGUGGUCAUGAGUACAUCUUAGUUUUCAUUGAUUAUUUCACCAAGUGGGUGGAAGCUGCUUCCUAUGCUAGAUUGACAGCGGCCAGAGUGGCUAAAUUCAUCAGAUCUCACAUUAUCUGGCGAUAUGGGGUCCUCUAUGAGCUGAUUUCUGACAGAGGGAUGCAUUUCAUGGGUGAGGUGGAUACGGUGAUUCAGGAGUAUGGCAUUCAGCAUCAUAGAUCCUCUGUGUACAGGCCGUAG